AUGGCGACCGCACCACAUCCUUCAGUCCUCGCGACACCGCGAAGGCCAUUCGGCACAGCGACUCCCUCCAAUGCUGAGAUGCGCAAAGUGUACGCCGAUCUCGACAACAACGCUGUUUUUGACUUUUCUAGCAUCGUUUCCGCAGUCAAGACCUUCUCCACACGCUUCCGUGCCUACACCGAGAAUGCCAUCUCCAACAUCCACGAUGACAAGGCCGAAUUUGAUGCAAACAGAAUGGAACACCGCAAUCAGCUCAGAACGCUCGACCGCGAGAUCGAGGACGCCAAAGCCAGUCAAGGUGAGCUCUGGGACACCAUCGCCAAGGAGCGCGAGCAGGACGCCAACCUCCGCGCCAGGCAACAGACACUCCAGGCGCAGAAGGCCUCGGUCACACAACGCUGCAACGAGCUGCAGGCCGAGAUCACAGAGCUCAAACAGAAUCUCGAAAGCAAAAAGCAGGCCAAAGAAUCGCAGAGGCACAAGCUCAAGCAGCAGAUCGACAAGAACGGUCCAGAGCUGCGUCUGCUCGAGGCAAAGACCGGCUGCUCGGUCGUACCAACCAAAGUGGGCGAUCAGCUCAAGUUCACCUUCAACCUCAUGAACGCCGACGACUGGUCCAAAGAAUGCCACUUUACCAUCGACGUCAGCAGCAGCAAGUACAAGGUCACUUCGGUCUCGCCCAAGCUCGACGCCAGCCUCCAAGAGUCGUUGCUCCAAGAGCUCAACUCUACGCGCAAGUUCUACACCUUUGUCAAGAAGAUGCGCGCUGCAUUGCGUGCACAGGUCGAGAAGGAGCGUCUCGAAGCGCGUGACGCCGCCCGUCGUGGAGGUGAUUGA